AUGGAUUUAAGACGUUCGACGCUGCUCACAGGAGCUGAUACCCCUCCCACCUCAUCUUCGUCCCAACUGACAGAUGGAGACCUAGCUUCUAUAAGGAAUAUCACCCGAAGUUUUUAUACAUGGGCUAAAGCAAAAGGAUCAUCCUGGCUGGCGAAUAAUAACAAUAUUGAUGCCCGACAAACAUACGUAUUGAGCGAAAAUACAUUAUCUAAAGUCCAAGCGACCGAUAAGGAUGCUGACGAUACAUACCAAUUUACAUCCACUUGGAGACCUCUUACAGAAGAUGAUGAAGUCAAAGGUACAGACUUCGAAUUCAGAUGUGAUAGGUCUCAGCUUUCUGGAUUCGAGCCAUUAGGUGCCUUUCUCCAGCAAUACUCUGCUGAAGGGCAUUAUAUUGGUGAAACUAUCACUGUAAAGGGGCAUUUCCAUAGGUUUGAUGAGGCGGAUGUACAAUUCGUGGGAUAUAAUGUUGUAGAAGGGACGGAAGAUCUGCCAACGCCGUCUCAAGCUUAG